AGCUGCUGCUGGGACGUUGUUGGAGAUUUGUUAGCUCCUCGGUCGGAACAAUAGGGAUCUUUGUAUCAACCACUGGUAGUAGUAGUCAACAACAGGGAGCAGCCAUGCCUUUCGGUAACACGCACAACCAGCUGAAGAUGAAAUUCGCUUCGGAUCAGGAGUUUCCGGACCUCAGCAAACACAACAAUCAUAUGGCCAAGCUCCUGACUCCUGCUUUGUACGAGAAGCUGAGGAGCAAACAGACACCCAGUGGAUUUACUUUGGAUGAUGUCAUUCAGACUGGGGUUGAUAACCCAGGUCAUCCCUUCAUCAUGACCGUCGGCUGUGUCGCCGGAGACGAGGAGACAUACGAGGUGUUCAAAGACCUGCUGGACCCCGUGAUCUCAGACAGACACGGAGGAUACAAACCCUCAGACAAGCACAAGACCGACAUUAACCCAGACAACCUGAAGGGAGGUGAUGACCUUGACUCCAACUACGUCCUGAGCUCCCGCGUCCGAACGGGCCGCAGCAUCCGCAACUUCUGUCUGCCACCACACUGCAGCCGAGGAGAGAGGCGCGCCGUGGAGAAGCUCUCCAUCGAAGCUCUGGACUCUCUGUCGGGAGACCUGAAGGGGAAAUACUACGCCCUGAAGAACAUGACAGACGCAGAGCAGCAGCAGCUCAUCGAUGACCACUUCCUGUUUGACAAGCCAGUGUCUCCUCUGCUGCUGGCCUCAGGGAUGGCCCGUGACUGGCCCGACGCCAGAGGCAUCUGGCACAACGACAACAAGACAUUCCUGGUGUGGGUGAACGAGGAAGACCAUCUGCGUGUGAUCUCUAUGCAGAAAGGAGGAAACAUGAAGGAAGUGUUUAAUCGCUUCUGCACCGGACUCACCAAGAUCGAGUCUCUGUUCAAGGACAGAGGACACGCAUUCAUGUGGAACGAGCACCUGGGCUACGUCCUCACCUGCCCGUCCAACCUGGGAACCGGCCUGCGUGCUGGUGUGCACGUGAAGCUGCCCAACAUGAGCAAGCACGCCAAGUUCGAGGAGGUUCUCAAGAGGCUGAGGCUCCAGAAACGUGGAACCGGUGGAGUGGACACAGCCGCUGUCGGUGGAGUGUUCGACAUCUCCAACGCUGACAGACUGGGAUUCUCCGAGGUGGAACUGGUCCAGAUGGUGGUUGAUGGUGUGAAGCUGCUGGUUGAGAUGGAGAAGAAGCUGGAGAAGAGUCAGCCCAUCGAUGACCUGAUGCCCGCCCAGAAGUAAAACGUCCUGACACCAAACUACCCCCCCUGUUCUACCCCGUCCUCGUCUGAAUGAAUGUCUGACUCUGUCCUGGAAUGCACUCUGUAUCAGUUUGGAUUUGUGUAUUUAAAACUAAACGGUUCCUGUGAGGUGAAGAUGGAUCUGAAAUAAAAUGUUCUGUUUAAAGUUA